CAGCCAAUCGUAAACCAAAACGAUUUGAAAAAUAACCCGCCAUGUUGGUUUUUACGCGUUAGAUUAUUAGUGUUGUUGUCGUCGCGGUCGUACAUUUUACAGGUUACAGGUAACGUUAGGUUGUCAUCAUGGAGUCCCGCUUUGCUACGCUGCGCCAGCGAGACAGCAGCGUGUCAAUGCUGAGGGUCAAAAUGUCUCGUAGGCUUUCGCAUAGUCAGAAGGAGAACAGGGGAAAGAUGGUUAAUUCUAGGAGGCAGAUAGAAAAGCUGUCUGAAAUGGACCAAAGCAGCAUAAUGGAUGCUUCCGCCGUGACACGAAACAUGUCAGUCAUUCAGGAGAAAUUUGACAACGUCUUGAAAACUGCGAAAACUGAGGCAGGACUGGAUCGACUUAAACAGCUGGAGCGCUGGAAGGAGAGGAAAACACUGGAGAAGGAGAAGAGUAAGAGGGAAAAGGAGCUAAAGGACGUCUUCAAGACUGGUGUGUACCAUCCAAAGGACACCUUCAACUGUGUGGCUCUGCCUCCGGUGCCGAAGAGCAAAGCAAGACCUAAAGAGGCUGUGGUCAACGUGAGCCUGCCCUCCAGAGUCACCCGGUCGGGGAAACGCCAGCCGCAGCCUCAGAAGUCUCUGCCGCCACAGAAAGAACCGGAAGUGGUCCCUGCCGUUAAAAAAGUGGAGCCUUCCGUGGGGCGGACCACCAGAAGCCGUGUGGCAGGAACACAACCUGCGCCGGCGUCUACCAGAGUUAAAGCCACAGUGGCGCCGGUGGGUCGAGCCAUGUCCACUAGAUCAGCCAGGGGCCCUCCUGUAGCCUCUGUACCCAAGGCUAAAGACAAGCACACCGCAGAUGCAAGCCUGAUCAAUGGAACACGGAAAAUUUUAAAGAAAGCUGAGGUUUUAUCUGGGAAAGCAAAUACAAAUAAAGUGACAUCUGAAGAGCAACCCAUUUUACCCAAGGAGUCUGAUCCAGGACAGGAGGCCGGCCCUCCUCCCAACAUUCCCACUGAGGAGGAUGAGGGGAGGGUGUUGAAGGAUGUACAGGCUGGCCCACCUCCUGUUGAGGCCCCAGCUACCUUCGCCCCUCAGGGCUUUUUAUUCCAGGCUCCCGUGGGCCUGUCAAGCUUCAAGUUUGAGCCCCUCACUCCACGCUCUGCAGACUCCUUCCUCAGGCCCAGUCCCAGCCUUAAUUUCCCUCCGGUUCCCACCUUUAACCUCGAGCCCCAGGCUGAGCAGAGCAGCUUCCUCCCCCUCCACUCCCCGCCUCGUACCUCUCCGGCCCUGGCCCCCCGGCCGGACCCCAUCAGCCCCCAAGCGCCAGUGCACGAUGUGCCCUACUUCCGACUCCAAAUGGUGUUGGAGACUGAUAAGCUGACCGGCCUGUCAGCGCUCUGGGAGCCCAGGGUGCAGGACGAGACCAUCCCAGAAGAGAUGAGGAACAGCAUGCGCACGGUGGUGGGCCAGGCCAGGCUGCUCAUAAAGGAGCGUUUCGGCCAGUUCCGUGGACUGGUGGACGACUGCGAGCUGGGCCGAGGGGAGAGGAUCACCAGCUGCAUGGACCUGGAGGGCUUCUGGGAGAUGGUCUACUACCAGGUGGUGGAUGUAGAGAAAAAGUUUGCUGCCCUCAAGGAGGCGGAGGCCAAUAAUUGGGUGGAGGAACUGAAGCCUGCAGCACCCCGACCGAAAAAAGUGAUCAAGAAACCCCCCACCGCUGCCCCCUCGGCCCCCAAGCCAGUGGCAGCCAUCGCAGCGGGCAGGUCGCGCCUGGCCUCCGCGAAGGCCGCCAUGAAGGCCGCCAUGUUGGCAAAGAAGCAGGCCGCAGAGGCAGCCAGCGCCACCCAGUCCGCUGGGAACGCUGACGAGGUCGAGGAAGCCCUCCCGCGGGAGGCCAAACCCCCGGCCGCCGAGCCCCUGGGGCCGGACACCGUGCUUUUCCACGGAGGCUUCUUCCAGGUGGAGAGCCCCGCCAAGCGGCCAGGCUCCGCCAGGAAGUCCCUCCGUCUGAGUUGUGCUGUCCAGCCUCGAGUCUCCCCUCAGCACUUUAUGCUCAAAUGCGCCACCCCGACCAGAGCCACUAACUCCACCCUGACCAGAGCCACUAACUCCACCCCUGCUAGAGCCACUAACUCCACCCCUGCUAGAGCCAUUAACUCCACCCCGACCAGAGCCACUAACUCCACCCCGACCAGAGCCACUAACUCCACCCCUGCCAGAGCCACUAACUCCACCCCUGCCAGAGCCACUAACUCCACCCCUGCCAGAGCCACAAACUGCUCCCCCACCCCUGCCAGAGACGCCAUCACCACCCCAGCCAAAGAUGACACCACCACCCAAGCCAGAGCCACCAGAGCCUCCUCCAGGGCCACUCCUGCGAGAGCCACCACCACCCCAGCCAGGGACAACGCCACCCCAGCCAGAGACACCACCACCACCACCACCCCUGCCAGAGAAACCCCAGCCAGAGCCACCAGAGCCACCCCUGCGAGAGCCACCACCACCCCAGCCAGAGACACCACCACCACCACCACCCCUGCCAGAGAAACCCCAGCCAGAGCCACCAGAGCCACCCCUGCGAGAGCCUCCACCACCCCUGCGAGAGCCGCCGACACCCCUGCAAGAGCCACCCCUGGCAGAACCACCACCACCCCCGCCAGAGUCACCCGCAGAUCACAGUUCACCUCCUGCUCAACCCCCAGUGACAUACCCCCCUCCAGCCCGCCUGGGGUGCAGAGCCAAGACGAGCCCCUGGAAGCUAACGUUGUAGCGAGCACACCGCCAACCCCAGCGAGCGCACCGCAAACCCCAGCGAGCGCUCCACCCUCUCCAGCGAGCCACGUCCUCGAGGCCCGCUCUCUGAGCUUCAGCCUCUCCCCCUGCUCAGGACACAGCAGCCCAGCGGUGGCUACAGACCCCAGCCACCCUUCUCUCCCAUUCCUCCAAAAGAUCCACAUUGAGGGGCAGGAGUCCAUUUGUGACACUCCGGACAGCUCUGUCCUUGAGAAUGUUCCUGGGCUGGACUUUGAGCGCUACCUCCAGCCCAGUGAGGGAUGCAGCCCGCCUCCCGGGCCCGUCGCCAUGGAGACGUUAUCGCCCAAGGCGGUGGCCAUGGAGAUGGGCAGUCCCAUGGCGGAGGACGGCUCCGGGGACCUGCUCCCUCAGGAGGAGGCUUUGUCGACCCCUGCAGGCCUGCACGUGGUGUCUUCCAAUCUCGCACCACACGACAAACAGGGCCAGCCGGACCUGCUCCUCUUCACCCCUGACCACCGGGACAGAAUACGGGCGUCCAUGUGUCCGAGGGACCUCAUGGUCUUUACUCCUCCCGAGGCUUGAGCGAAAAGUUAUUUUUAUGGGUGAUUUUAUAAUCUUUUUUCGUAUACCCAAAAUAUUUUAUUACUUAUUUGUUUCAAUAAAACAUCACAACUGUGAA